UUUGAUUUGAACAUGUACUUGCAAUUGAAAAAAAAAUAUUUACUUUAAUAUUUUCAUAAUGUGACUAUUAUCGUUAUUACUCGAAUGUUUAGUUGGAUGACUUACUAAUUUAAACGUACUCACAGGUGCAUGCACCUGCGCACCUGUGACAAAAUUAUCAAAGAUAGAUAAAGAAAAUCCUAGGUAUUACUAUCGCCUAUAUAAAUAUAUACGCUUUAAUUUGAUGAAUGAGUAGUUAGAAUUAAAGUUAUCCACCAAAAUGGAUAUCGCUAAAGAACAUAAAGCGUUAAUAGACCGUAUUGCUGGUGAAAAUGGAUUUACCGAUUAUGAAAUAAUAACCAGUUCUGGAUCGAGUAAAGGAGACAACUUUCUUGGAGUUCUUACUGCCAUUACCAUCAAAGACAAGAAAAAAAGUUUGGAUUUGAUUUUAAAGUCUUCCCAUACCAAUGAGGGUUUUAGAGAAGCUACACCAGUUAAAGAUGUUUACAAUAAAGAAAUAUUCAUGUACGAACGUGUUUUUAAAGAGUUUAAAAAAUUUCAAGAACAAUACAACAUUCAAGAUCCCUUCGAAAGUAUACCUAAAUGCUAUUUAUGCUUUGCUGAAGAUGGACUUGAAUGUUUAGUUAUGGAGAAUUUAAAAACACAACAUUACGGUUUAUGGGAUAAAAAAGUCCCAAUGAAUCCUGGGCACAUUAAAGCAGUUCUCAUUGAGUAUGCCAAAUUUCAUGCGGUUUCAUUAGCAAUGAAACAGAAAAACCCGGCAUUAUUUAAAGAAUUGGCAGAAGAUAGUCCAGAUAAUCCAUUUGAAAAACAAUAUGACAGUGAGGAUAAACAAGAGAACGUUGAAAACUUUAUGGUUUCUACUUUAUCUUAUGUUUACAAGGCAUUUGAAGAUGAUCCAACGUUAAUAGAAUAUCUUCAAAGAUAUGAACAAAUUUCAGGUCCCGAAUAUGAGGCUAAAAUAAAAGAACCAGAAUACAAAGUAGUCUUAACACAUGGAGACAGCUGGAAUAACAAUUUUAUGUUUAAAUAUCAGGAUCCAAAUGACAAAACAAAACCCCAAAGUGUACGUGUUGUAGAUUGGCAAUUAACUGCCCUUGGAAGCCCGUGUGCGGAUCUCUCUCAUUUUUUGCUGGCUAGCAGCUGUGAGGAGGUUCUAGAUGAUAUUCAAACUUACCUAAAAAUUUACCACGACAAACUGUCUUCGCAACUUCGUAAUUUUAAUUUGGAUCCCGACGAAGUGUUUCUUUCUCUAGGUUUUCAGAUCAUUUGAGUUUAUUUAUGAUACAAUCUUUGUUUUUUUCAUUCGUAACUAUGAAAAUAUUAGUAUCAGACAAAGACGAUAUUCCUGAUCAUGUCGAUGAUAUUGAUAAAUCGGGUGAUUCCCUGAAUAUGUAUGAUUUUGAACCGAAGAACUUUGACGAGUAUUCUAGAAGACUUAAAAUUAUAAUGAAAUGUUUGAUUAAACACCAAUAUCUGUAAUAUAAUAGUUAUAAUUAAAUAAAAUACUUUAAUUAAUUUUAAUUUAUUUUUAUGUAGCACUCAUUAAAACUGUAUUCUAGAUUUUUUUGAAGUACUUCUUUAGUUAUAUUAUGAAAAUUUG